AAUGCUUAUGGUCAGAAGGAAGAAGGGCCUAGCAGAUGGCAGGAGAAGAGGGAAGCCAAAAGGCAGAUGUAUUUGAUGAGUACUGAGAAAGCUGUUAGAUUGGGUGAAAGGAAAGACCUUAAGCCUACAAUGUCUGCCAUUGGCGGAUCAGCGCAGUGCCAGAAGUGCUUCCAAAGUGGUCACUGGACCUACGAAUGUAAGAACGAGCGGGUUUACAUGUCGAGGCCAUCCAGGACACAGCAACUUAAGAAUCCCAAGUUGAGACUGAAUAUUUCUGUGAGCUUGGAUAUGGAUGAUAAUAAUCCCGAUGCUACUAAGGAUGAGAAGGCCAAAGUGAGUUCUAAGAAAACCAAAAGGAAAUAUCAAUCUGACUCUGAUUCCGGCAGUGAUAGUGAGGAUUCAGUAUUUGAGACUGAUAGUGGCAGCGAAUCUUCAUCGGUUACAGGAUCGGAGUCUUCCGGAAGUAGUUCAGGGUACAGUUCCUCAUCUGAUUCAGAGGAAGAAAGAAGGCGAAGGAGGAAGAAGAAGCAGAAGAAGGGCGGAAGGCGCAGGAGGUAUAGUACGUCUUCAGAAUCAUCUGAUUCAGAUUCAGAAUCAGACUCUGAUUCUGAUGACAGGAGUCGUCGACGGAAAAAGCACUACAAUCGAAGACGCUGAAUGUGAGUGAAGAUUGUGUGGAGCAAACAAACGAUUUAGUGAAUGCAAGUCACAAUCUGAGGAUCUUUCCAUCUCUACAUUCAUAUGCAAUCAACAAGAGUUUAAGCAGAUACCGUCCUUAUUAUGAUAUGGUUAAUGUACAAUAAGGUUUUUGCUAUAGAUGGCCCCGGCUUGUGUUUCUUUUCUGCGACUAGUUUUCUGUUCUGAACGUAUUCUGAAGUUGAUUUAAGCUUUUUGCAUUAGACUAAACUAUGGAGAUACCAUGUGUUUGGAGAUGUUUACAUAGUUGAUUUUUGCAAGUUGUGUAAGCUCCAGUUUCUAUUGUCA